CCUGCCUGAAGACUCAUGACGGGGCCCCAGUUCUCACUCCCAUUGAGUGUCCGGUUUCUAAGGAAGCCCAUCAGCGUGUCUGCCGUUCCUGGUUAUAAAGUCUCCACCACCCUCCGGGGCUCAAAUUCUCCUCAGACCCUAAGAAUAAGGGUCAUGGCGCCUGGAAUCUUCCUGCUGCUGCUCUCGGGGACCCUGACCCCGACAGAGACCUGGACUGGCUCCCACUCCAUGAGGUAUUUCAGCACCGCCGUGUCCCGGCCCGGCCGCGGGGAGUCCUGGUACCUCGAAGUCGGCUACGUGGACGACACGCAGUUCCUGCGAUUCGACAGCGACGCCGCGACUCCGAGGAUGGAGCCGCGGGCGCCGUGGAUGAAGCACGUGGGGCCGGAGUAUUGGGAGCGGGAGACGCGGUGCGCCAAGGGCAACGCACAAACUUCUCCAGUGAACCUGAACACCCUGCGCGGCCGGUGAGCGACUCGGACCCAGGUCGCGAGCCCCCAUCCCCACGGACGGGUCGGGGUCUCCCCGAGUCUCCGGGUCCGAGAUUUACCCCGAGGCUGCGGGACCCACCCGGACCCCCGACCCGGGAAGAGCCGGCAGGGACUUUUCCGCGGUUUAAUUUUCAGUUUAGGGUUAAUCGCUGCAGGGGGGUGGG